GAAAGCUAUUGCAUCUUGCAAAAACAAUUUGACAGUUAUCUAUUCACUCUUAGAACAUUUUUAUAAGUUACCAAAUUCGAUUUCAGUUGAAUUUACUAUUAAAUUAAAGUAUACUGUGUUGGUGUUGAAAAUAUCUAAUAAUAAUAAUGAUGAUCGCGGUACGACCAAUUAAAUGGAUACUUUUGGUAUUCAUAUUUGGGUUGUUGAGCGUAACAGCAGCUGCGAAACCAAAGAAAUUGAACAUUGUGGUAAUUGGAGCGGGUGCAUCGGGCCUCGCUAGUGCAAAGAAUGCAAUCGACGAAGGACACAAUGUCACAGUCUACGAACAAGGCGAAACUUUAGGAGGAAUAUGGUUCUAUACAGACGCAACUGGAAAAGAUCAGUAUGGCAAAGAUAUUUACACUCCGAUGUAUCAAGGAUUGAGAACGAAUGUGCCGUUUCAUCCGAUGGAAUUCCCAGAUUUUCCAUUCCCACCCGACACACCAUCGUACCCAACACAACAAAUGAUCUUCGAAUACUUACAAUCGUAUGCCAGACAUUUCAACGUGUUGGACAGAAUAAAAUUCCAUCAUCGAGUUCAAAAAGUGGAAUUGCUCCCAUCACCGGGGUUAAAAGCCGAUAAAUGGCAAGUGACCGCUAGGAACUAUCCAGACGGAAAAGACGAAGUCGGGAAAUUUGAUUCAGUUUUCGUUUGCAGUUCGGUUUAUAAUUCACCACGGUAUCCAAAGAUUGAAGGCAUCGACCUAUUUCAGGGGAAGAAGAUGCACAGUCACGAUUAUCGUAAUCCCGAACCGUUUAAAGGUAAAAGUUGUUUAAUUAUUGGUGGGGGUUCAAGUGGAUCGGAUAUUGUAAUUUUCAUCUCAAAAACCGCUGCACGAGUAACGUUCAGUCAGAAUCCACGUACCAAUGAAUCCGAUGAAUUACGCAAAACUCGAGAAAGUGUAUACGGACCGAGGGUCACGCAUAAAGGCAAUGUGGAACGUAUCACAACUGACGGAGCCAUUUUCAAAGAUAAAUCUCAACAAACUUUUGAUGUUAUCAUUUUUGCAACAGGUUAUGGAUAUGAAUACCCAUUUUUGGGGUCAGAUUCUGGUAUCAAAGUUGAAGACAAUUACGUGUCUCCGCUUUAUAAACAAGUCUUGAACAUUGAACAUCCCACGAUGGCGUUCAUUGGUGUACCGGUCGAUGCUGCACACAAUCAGAUGUACGAUUUACAGGCUCGUUUUGCAUUGAAAUUCAUUUCUGGCAAAAAGAAAAUGCCCACAAAGAAGGCUAUGGAAAAAGACUUGGAAAAACAAAUGAAAGAGCUACAAAAGAAGGGUGUCCCCAAACACAAAACGCAUCACCUUGGAUUGGAAUAUAAGAACUAUUUUGACGAUCUGGCAUCAACAGCCGGAAUUGCAAAUGUACCAAAAGUCUAUGCAGACAUUCUUAAAGAUGGAUUGGUUCAGAAAUCAGAAGAUCCAGCUGAAUUCCGUAGCAAUGUUUACGCUGUUGAUAAGAAACGCAACAAAUUUUCUAGACAGAAAGUAAAGUCAAAGUUGUAGCUCUUGAUACUGUUCAUAUAUAAUUUUUAUAGCAAAUUUCAUAUUAAUUGUAUAAGUUCUGAAAAUAAAAGUAGCACUUUAAUUAAAUUUCUUAGAAAAUCAUGAAUAAA